AUGGCUCCCCUAUCUGAAGAUCCAAACGCACCGGUGUCGCCGGCCGAGAACCCUGUUGAAGGGGACACUUCGCCCUCUGCGAAUGUAAAAGCCAAACGAGUCCCUGUCCAUCCGAUUCCCCAGCUGCAAGGUCCGUUUGAAGAGUCUAUCCUUGAGGCACUCGAAGAUGCGAAGGAGGAAUGGGAAGUCGAUCUAGACGCUCAGUCCCGACGAAGAGACCUACUCGAGAACCCGGAAUAUAUGUCGUUCGGUAUCAACCUCCUUGUCAAAGAACUGGCCAAGUCAAAUGCAGAAGUCUUGAAGAUCCUCCAAUGCCAUGUGGAUGAGGUCGAUGGAUUCCUCGGCCGGACCACCGAAGACUUUCUCAUCAUCCAGAUCGAUGUCCGCACUCGAAUUCAGUACCUGAGUCUUCCCCUGGAGAACCUGGAGGUUUUUGAUGAGAUGCUGGAAGACCGCAGCUUCCGCAUGUCCAUGAUCGACUACAACGACAAGAUCGAACAUGCCAUUUCGCGCUUUACCAUAUCCAUUCAAGACACGCUCAAGGAUUUGCAAAAGGGAAGGGAAGCCAUCGGCGCUCUAUGGCAGCAUCUCAAGCAAUCUUCAGUCGACAAUGCACCGCUGUCUACCCACCUGAUCGCCAUCUAUAAUGCCAUGCUAGCGAACACAGAAGGAUGGAACAUGGCUUUCUCCAAGCUCCAGCGAAAGGGCAUUGCCCUUCAGGCUGCGCUCUCUCAGCUAGGACUUGCCAUUACUGAGAUGCAACGACGGGUCGGCAUAGCAAGCAGGAAGGAAGUGGUAUCUUCCCUGCAAACUCCGAGCACACCCCAGCAGGGCUUCUCCUUCAGACAGCGACUCUUCGACAAAAGGCGGUCGGUUAGAAGCUCGACAUGUCCAGCCCUGGAAAAGCCCCUACCAAAUGAUCCAAACCCUCUAGGCCUUGCGCAAACACCGCCUCCACCCCGGGUGAGAGAUUCACGGAGGCUGACCCAGAAGAGCGUCCCGAAUCUCAGAGCGGCAAGGACAUUGGCCAGUCGCGGUGAGAAUGCGGCCCCUGACCCGGUCAAAUCUGCAGCUGGGCCCGAAGACAGUUCAAAUCCAAUCCCCCUUGUCCCCAAGUUCCAUCGGAGCUUGACCAAGCGACUCUCAAAGGCGAAGUUGACUACGAAGAAGUCGUUCUCUGACCUGCGGCCUGCUACAGCGCCGGGCAGAACGGCCAAGUCUCAAAGCAUCUCGGUGGAACAGGCGACGAUCGUCAAGGAUAGAAAGGAGCCCAUGGUAUCAUCGCCAGCCUUCACACAGAGAGACCAACCUCGGACAUCCCAACCACCAAGAAAGCCGGAAACCAUGAAAUCACAGCUUCUACACCAUAUUAAAUCCGACCGGGUAAUCGACGCCUGGGAGAGUACCACACAGAAAGAAAAAAUCGGCCGUCGUCUGUCGCAGAAGAAGAAAGACGCACCAUGGAGCAAGUUCCGAGCAAAGACGGCAACUAUCCCGCGUUCUGCUGGUGAUCUCCAAACGAAGCUAUUCGAAGAAGACCUAGACAGACAGAUGGCCUGGCUGCAGGAGGAAAGCGAGGCGCUGAACACCUAUUCUUUGAAACCGAGGCGCGACGUUGCCCCAAGAAUACAUGUGCUCUCUGUCCAUAUGACAUUGACACAGGAGCCGGAGCCUGAAGAAAUAGGGGGGAUGGGUAGUAUCAGCGAGCAACAGACAGACGAGGAUACGCAGUCGAUUAUAACUGCUCUCCCCUCGGUGCCACCCUCGAUUGCUGGUUCUGCUCCGCAAACGCCCAGAACCUUUAGGCGAUGA